AUGGAGAGCUCUGCAGUGCCACAGCCUACGGCAAGCGCCAGCGGCAAGGUGCGGAUUUUGCUACAGACAAUCACCCACCUCGUCCCUGGCAGCGAUCGAGCGGAAAAACUCGACUUCAUUGACAAUUUGAUCUGCCAACACCUUUGGAAACGGAAUUUUGACAACACCCAAGAGCGUAGGUAUUUCUAUCAUGAUUACUUCGGUCUUGAUAACGUCGAAUGCUAUUUCCUGAUUGACCACCACGGUCACGAUCACACCGUUGAGGAGGAAAAGGUGCCGGUGCUGUGGUAUAAAUGGACAGGAGAGUCUCUUGUCCACAUUAACCAGGAACUUCCUUCUCAAAUACAGCGAAAACUGAGGAAAUGGCCAUUCACAUGGGAGGGGAAAAAGUUCCAUCGGAAGAAAAGGCCAGAUGGGGAAUGCGAAUUGGUAGCUCAUCGCCGACUUAUAAUGUCAAAGCUUAUUCUUGGCAUACCUGUUUUUGAUGAGGAUAUCAAGUUCCUAAAGGAGCACCCUGAACAUGCCCAGUGGAUCAAGGAUAACAUAAAAAAUCGUCAAUUAUGGGUCAAGAUAGAGCCAUAUUGUGAUCUGCCUGGUGAACCAGCGCAAUAA